UUAAUUUUUUAACAUAAAAAUUUUAUUAUUUGUAUAAAAACACGUAUUGUAUCAUUCGUAUUCUAAACACAUUAAAAAAUUACUACCCACGUACACCAAAAAAGUUUUAUUGUAACUGAAAUAUAGGUGCACCACGUGUACGCAAUUUCCUCUCUCUCUGAAAAUCCGCUUCCAUUUCUUCCUUAGCGCCAAAAAUUCCAAAGCCUGAACCACAUAACGAAAUGUCGACCGAGACGCCACCGAAUUUCUGGGGCGACAUGCCGGAGGAGGAGUACUACACCUCCCAAGGAGUGCGCAACACCAAAUCCUUCUUCCAAACCUCCAACGGCCAGAUCUUCACCCAGUCCUUCCUGCCCUUGGAUCAAAAAGUCAAAGCCACCGUCUUCAUGACCCACGGCUACGGAUCCGACACCGGCUGGCUCUUCCAGAAAAUCUGCAUCCGCUACGCCACCUGGGGCUACGCCAUCUUUGCUGCCGACCUCCUUGGCCACGGCCGGUCCGAUGGCAUCCGCUGCUACCUCGGCGACAUGGAAAAAGUCGCCGCCAGCUCCCUCUCCUACUUCCUCCACGUCCGCCAGUCCGAACCCUACGUCUGCCUCCCGGCCUUCCUGUUCGGCGAGUCCCUGGGCGGCUUAGCCACCAUGCUCAUGUACUUCCAAUCCCCUCCCAAUACGUGGACCGGCUUGAUCUUCUCCGCCCCGCUCUUCGUCAAAUCGGAAAACAUGAAGCCCAGCAAAGUCCAUCUCUUCCUGUACGGCCUCCUCUUCGGAAUCGCCGACACGUGGGCGGUGAUGCCGGACAACAAUAUGGUGGGGAAGGCGAUCAAGGACCCCGCGAAGCUGAAGAUCAUAGCGUCGAAUCCGAGGAGGUACACGGGCCCACCGAGGGUGGGGACAGUGAGGGAAACCGCUAGGAUGUGCAAGUACGUGCAGGACAAUUUCUCGCGAGUGACGGCGCCGUUUUUGACAGUGCACGGGACGGCGGACGGGGUAACGUGUCCGACGUCGUCGCUGCUGCUGUACGAGAAGGAAUCGAGUGCGGACAAGACUUUGAAGAUGUACGAUGGGAUGUACCAUUCGUUGAUACAAGGGGAGGCGGACGAGAACGCUGAGAUUGUAUUGAGGGAUAUGAGAGACUGGAUUGACGAAAGAGUAGGGAGGAAUGGUGGGCCCAAUAUUUGAAUCAAAAGAACAAUAUCUUUCUGAUCCAACAAAAUACGCCAUAUAUGUACACCAUUCGUACUUCAGAGAAAUGAUAGGAGAAUUUUUUAAAAGUGAGAUUUUCUGUCAUUUUAUAUUUUUGGUAUAAUAUUAUAAUAUUAAUAUCGAAAUUGACGUUAAAUUAUGAAAUGAAGUUCAUGACCACUUUGAGAGUCUU